CCUUCAUUUCUUGCAACCUUAAUGAAUAUUGAGAAGGUUGUCAUAGUCAAUUUGUACAGGUAUCCCACAAUACUUGAAAUAUGUUUGGUCCCUUUUUCAUCCACUUUAAAUUCCUACCUUAGCAAGGCUCUCAUGCAGAAGGUUGGCUGAUAGAAAUUGCAAGAUUUGGCUGCAGUUUGGUAAUUCUCCGACGAACCAAACCUGCAUAUUUUUUCCUAGUGGAAUGAGCAUAGGAUAAAGAUGCAAUAACAGAAUGUUCUGUCGUGCAUUAUGACACGCAUCAUCAAACGAAAAAUUCCUUUCAUCUCCAUAAAUAUGUGAUCAUAGUACUCUAUUCAGAUACUCCUUCUGUCUCAAGCUAAGACAGUUUUUUAGACCAUUUUUCUUGGAUAUUGCUGAGCAAGUACAAUAGCCAAGAUGAAAUUCUCUAAGCAAUUUGAGGGUCAGUUAGUGCCUGAAUGGAAAGAGGCGUUUGUCGACUACAAGCAACUCAAGAAGGACCUCAAGAAAAUCCAUCUCCUCAGCAACCACAACACGAGCAACGAGCAACAGAAGAGUUCUUUUCCCAACACAUUUUUUCAAUCUUUGAGAAAAUACACUUUUCUUCAACAUAAGCAAGGAGAGAAUAGAGUCAUUCGAGUUCAUCGGAAGCUGGCAGUCUCAGCUAGUAAGGGGGACUUGUACGAGACGGAACUGCUGGAGCAAUUUGCUGAUACUGAUGCGGCUAUUGAAUUUUUCGCACGUUUGGAUCUUCAACUCAACAAAGUGAAUCAAUUCUUCAGAAUGAAAGAGAAAGAGUUUCUUGAGAGGGGCGACUUGUUGAAGAAUCAAAUGGAGAUACUCAUGGAGCUCAAAACCGCAGUAAAGCAGAAGCAAGCUAAAGGCCCUUCUUCUCAGGAGGAUGAUUCGAUAUCAGGCACCAUAUUAUGCGACGAAGAGUCCAUUAAAGAGAGUGCAGACGAGGAGCAGGGGUUGGAGAACUCAACAGACGAUUUGGACAAUCACCAAGUCGAAUUCUCAGACUCUCUAGGAUCUGAUGAACUAGGAAAAUCCAUUACAAUGAAGAAAGAAGAAGGGAAACUGAGGUCUCUCUCGGGCCGUGUUAUAAACUUUCGAGGGAAAAGCUUAAGAAUCCAUAUUCCUCUAACGAAUCCAACUAGCACAUUCUCAGCUAUCUCUUAUUUGCUUUGGGAUGAUUUAGUAAAUCAGUCCUCCAAGAAAUGUGGUACAGAGGGAAGUUGCUUGCAUGUCAGUAAAAAAAAGUUGCUUCAUGCAGAAAAAAUGAUCAGGGGAGCAUUUAUUGAGCUCUAUAAAGGAUUAGGAUACCUCAAAACUUAUAGGAAUUUGAACAUGCUUGCUUUUGUAAAGAUUUUGAAGAAGUUCGACAAAGUGACAAAUAAACAAGUUCUUCCCAUUUACUUAAAAGUGGUUGAAAGCUCCUACUUCAACAGCUCAGAUAAGGCUCUGAAGCUGGCCGACGAGGUUGAGGAACUUUUUGUCAAGCAUUUUGGUGGAGAUGAUCGAAGAAAGGCCAUGAAAUACCUAAAACCAACUCAGAGAAAAGAAUCACAUUGUGUGACAUUUUCAAUUGGUCUAUUCACUGGUUGUUUCCUUGCACUUCUCGUUGGAUAUGUCAUCAUGGCACAUAUUACAGGAAUGUACGGACCUAGAUCAGACGCAAUGUACAUGGAAACAGUCUAUCCGGUCCUUAGCAUGUUUAGCCUGUUAUUCCUGCAUUUCUUCCUCUAUGGAUGCAACAUAGUUAUGUGGAGAAAGACGAGAAUCAAUUACAGCUUCAUCUUUGAACUGUCGUUGACAAAAGAAUUAAAAUGCAGCGAUGUAUUUUUUAUUUGUACAACAUCGAUGGCCGCUGUAAUUGGGAUCUUGUUUGUUCAUCUCUCGCUCGUUGCAAAAGGCUACUCUUAUGCUCAUGUUCAAGCCAUCCCUGGCCUUCUUUUCCUGGGCUUCUUUUUAGUGCUGGUGUGCCCCUUCAAUAUCAUCUACAAGUCAAGUCGCUACCGUUUCCUCUCCAUAAUAAGAAACAUCAUACUAUCUCCCCUGUAUAAGGUUGUAAUGCUCGAUUUUUUCAUGGCUGAUCAACUUUGUAGCCAGGUGCCCAUGCUCAGGGACCUAGAGUAUAUGGCGUGCUACUAUGCAACUGGAAGCUACAAAACUCAGGAUUAUCGAUACUGCAUGAGAACAACUUACUACAGGGACCUUGCUUAUGCAGUUUCCUUCCUACCAUAUUACUGGAGAGCAAUGCAGUGUGCUCGACGAUGGUUUGAUGAAGGCCAUAAAAGCCACCUAGUAAACCUUGGAAAAUACGUGUCUGCAAUGCUGGCUGCAGGGGCCAAAGUGGCGUACGAGAAGGAAAAGAGCACAGGAUGGCUUUGUCUAGUUGUAGUAGUGUCGAGUGGUGCAACUCUGUACCAACUCUACUGGGACUUUGUAAAGGAUUGGGGUUUGCUCCAGUUGAACUCCAAGAAUCCAUGGCUACGAGACGAACUAAUGCUUCGACGAAAAUCCAUAUAUUUUUUCUCCAUGGGACUAAACCUUCUUCUCCGGCUCGCCUGGCUACAAACUGUUUUUCACUAUAAUUUUGAAAAAGUAGAUUACAGAGUAACAAUGCUGUUUCUAGCAGCACUUGAAGUUGUGAGAAGAGGGCAUUGGAAUUUUUACAGGUUGGAGAAUGAGCAUCUAAACAACGCAGGCAAAUACAGAGCUGUGAAAACAGUACCACUUCCUUUCCAUGAAGUGGAUGAUGAGCAAGAGUGAUGAGGCCAAUUUGCUGAAGGAAGGCCAUGCAAUUUAUUUAUUUCUCAUGUUCGCACUAUUACCAUUAAUCUACAAGUUGAUGCUCAAGAUAUCAGCUUGCUUCUUCUCCUUUUUUGUUCAUUUCAUUCUUGGUAUUAGAGUAUUAGAAAUAAUUGAUAAGUAUAUAUAUACAAAGGAUUUGCACACAUAUUCAGUGUGCGUACUUCUCAACA